GCCUCGCACUCUAAGGUCAGAUCUCGGUCUCUCCGCUCUGCUCUCUAACUUCUGUUAGAUCUUCAUUACUUUGUUCGUCGGUGAGAUCGCAGAUCGGCCAAGCUUUGAGCUUGCUAGGGUUUCCAUGCUCCUUGAUGAGUCGAACUAGUGAAUGCUUGAAACUGCAGGAUUAAUUUUAGAAGCAUAAUAUGAAAUGGAUCAUGAAGCACAUGCACGUAAGAAGUUCGUCAACAUGAAAUCCCAAAGGGUGAAAGUGGAAGAUUCUUUUGGUCCUGCAUUAGAAGAUGAAUCCGAAACUAUUGAACAUUUACUAGCGGAACCUAAAACUGAAUAUGUUACGGUAGAUGGUGUCUUAUGCUUUGACAAGGAGAAUGCAGAAAAAGGCUUGAACAUGGAAGAUUUUUCCUGUGGAUAUGACUUUGGUCUUAAUACAUACAGUGGUGAGUUUCGCUCUGCUCAUCCUCGGGGAAGACACGAUGAAUUAGAACUUGGAGUUCUUGAUGGAUUGCUGGAUGAAGUUGACGAAGUGGAGGAUAUAGAUGCAAUAAAUGGCCUUGCAAGCCCGUGCGAUGAUUAUCUUCUAGAUAUUGGAUUUAUAGGACAAGCUUCUCAACUGGGUUUUGGUCCUUGUGAAGGAUCACGUUUAAGGAACUCAAGUUCUGCAAGUCAGUCACCGGGAUUAAGUGGUAGUAGUAACAGUGCUGUUGGGAUAUCUGAAUCGUCAACUGUGACUAUUCAGGAAUUUGAAUGCAAGAAUAGUUCUAUUGACAAGGCAGUAACUCAUGGGUUCCAUGGUAACUUCAGGCAGAAGAAAAGACAUCGAACACCAAUUGCCCAUCCUGCUUCAAUCAAUUUACGAAAUCUUGACGAGUUAGAUAACGAUGAAAAACCUUCAGUAAGUGGAAUAGUGUCUGCUGCUUUUCUUAAGGAGAAAAGACUACGUAAGCCUACUCGAAGAUACAUUGAGGAAUUUUCGGGCAAGAAGUCAAAAGAUUCCAAGGGGAGGGAAGAUUGUUCUGCUGUUACUGCUACAGAGAAUGGACGAUUGAAGGCCAGAUCUCAGAAUAAACAUCAUCAUCAGAGGCCGAGGACAUUGGCAGCAGUUCCCGAGGAUGAUUUAAUUUCUGAAAACCAGACACUGGCUGAAUUCAGGAAGCAAAGAACACGUCGAAAGAAGUAUGCAUCAAUUUCGUUUCAGAAGUUCAAUUGUCGUUGUUAUUCUGCACAGAUGCUUGAGUCAGAUGAAUCUGAUGAGUCAUACGAGUCCGAUGAGCAACCUAUAACAUCUGAAUCUGAAGAUGACUCUGUGUCAAGGAAAAGAUCAACAAAGCAAGAUCGAAGGAAGCAUCAAAGGAUGUGGACUCCCUCUGAGGUGACGACAUUGGUUGAUGGUAUUUCUCAAUACGGAGUUGGACGAUGGACAGAUAUAAAAAGGCUCCUAUUUGCAUCUUCUCCUUAUCGCACGCCACUAGAUCUCAGGGACAAAUGGAGAAAUAUUUUAAGGAGGAGCUGUGGAAAGGAGCUGAAGAACGAGGUUGAGCAAAAGGAGAUGCGUGCUUUACCCAAGUCGUUGGUGCCCCGUGUCCGUGAGCUAGCCACAGUCCAUCCGUAUCCCAGGCAGCGCGGCAAAAAGUUUGCUCCUCCCAUACUUCCAAUUGCCAGUAAAAGUGCAUCAUCUGAUCAUAUCAGAAGGUAUGUACGACGGAAGUAGAAGAAGCGUUUUUGAAGUUAAAUAUCACUGGUGCAGUAAAUCAGUAGCCAGGAUUUACCGAAAUUUAGUUGUAAAGAGUCUGUUAUAACAUCCAGACAGUUCAUCCUUCGAAAAAUUAUUACAGAAUUCAGGCUCUCUGCAACAGUUGGGCCAAAUUUUCUUUUGUAAGCGAGAGUUUUGUAUUCGACGUUUUCACAUUCCCGUUUACUUUCCUAGAAAUUUACUUCGGGUAAUAUGAAAAACAUGGCUCCAUGCUGCUUGUGCUAGAAAA